AUGGCGUCUGGCUACGACAGAGCGCUCUCAGUCUUCAGUCCCGAUGGACACGUCUUCCAAGUCGAAUAUGCCGGCGAAGCCGUAAAGAGAGGUACCUGCGCCGUCGGCGUCAAGGGGAGCGACAUCGUGGUGCUGGGCUGCGAGAAGCGCUCGGCCAUGAAGCUGCAGGACACGCGCAUCACGCCGUCCAAGAUCUGCCUCGUCGACACACACGUAUGCCUGGCCUUUGCCGGGCUCAACGCCGACGCCCGCAUCCUGGUCGACAAGGCCCGCCUCGAGGCCCAGUCGCAUCGCCUGACGGUCGAGGACCCCGUCUCCAUCGAGUACAUCACCAAGUACGUCGCCGGCGUCCAGCAGCGCUACACCCAGAGCGGUGGUGUCCGCCCCUUCGGCAUCAGCACCAUGAUCGUCGGCUUCGACAAGAACACAAAGACCCCGCGCCUCUACCAGACCGAGCCCAGCGGCAUCUACAGCGCAUGGAAGGCAAACGCCAUCGGCCGAUCUAGCAAGACCGUCCGCGAGUUCCUGGAGCGCAACUACAAGGAGGACAUGGACCGCGAGGCCACCAUCCGGCUGGCCGUCAAGUCGCUGCUCGAGGUCGUCCAGACGGGCGCCAAGAACAUCGAGAUCGCCAUCAUGGCGCCCGGCAAGACCAUCGAGAUGCUGCCCGAGGAGGACAUCGAGGGCUACGUCAAGAACAUCGAGCAGGAGAAGCAGGAGGAGGCCGCCAAGAAGAAGACGGGCCGGACGCCGGGGACCGGCAGCGCCGCCAUCCUGACGAGAAGCUCGGAUGACGCAUAG